UGGAUCUGGAAGAGGUCGACGACGUCGAAGUGGUCUACGAAGAGACGGAGGGUGGCAAAGUCAUUCGAUUCAAGGUGAAAGGGCCCACCGAAGACCAAGAGGAUGCCAUGGACGUUCAGGACACACCCGGAGAACCAUCUGGGGCCCCGGUGGAGAAGCUAGACGUUGAUAUGCUUCCAGAUCCCAUCACCUUCGACUCCGAAACGCUCCUUCCGGCUUGGAAUACAUUUCAGCUCCACCCUCAGCUCGCGCGCUCUCUGUAUGCCAGAAAGUUCACCGAGCCUACGCCGAUCCAGGCACAAACGCUUCCACUUGCGCUGAAGAACAGGGAUGUCGUGGGUGUGGCUGAGACGGGUUCGGGAAAAACGCUGGCAUAUGGACUGCCGAUCCUGCACCAUCUCCUCACUGAGGCCUACUCGCGUCCGAUUCCCAGCUCAAAAACUCGCCGGCCAGUUCGCGCACUCAUCGUGACACCUACGCGUGAGCUUGCUCUGCAGGUCUCUUCACAUCUCAACGCUUGCCUCACACAUGCGGAUGUUGAGGUCGAUGAUGCGGGGCCUGCUGAAGGUGCUUCGGACGAGUCGUCAAAAGACAAGUCCAAGCCCAAAGCUAAGGGUAAGGGCAAAGCCAAGGCAGAAGUACAGGGCGACAAGCCUAAGAGUCCGCCCUUGGUCUGUGUUGCCGCUAUCGUGGGGGGCAUGUCUGCGCAGAAACAACGACGCGUUCUCUCCCGCGGCGUAGACGUAUUGGUCGCGACGCCGGGUCGGCUCUGGGACAUCAUACAAGAGGACGACGAGCUGGCGACGCAAAUCGAGAAUCUGCGGUUCCUGGUGCUUGACGAAGCUGACCGGAUGAUCGAAUCUGGACAUUUCGCAGAGAUGGACAACAUUUUGCGCUUGACGCUGCGAAAGCAAGAUGAUGAAAUCAUCGAGCCUGAGAACCAGGAGGGCGAGGCAGAGGACAGCAAAGAAGACGUUCGCGCAGGCGAGCUGCAAACGUUCGUGUUCUCCGCCACGCUCAGCAAGGACCUGCAAAAGAACCUCAAAAAGCGGACACACGGAAGGCGUCGCAAGAACGACAAGCCCGCCUCUACGCUAGACGAUCUCCUGCUACGGUUGGACUUCCGCGACCCCGAGCCAGCCGUCGUCGACAUCAGCCCCGUCGGCAGCGUUGUUGCGACGCUCACGGAGAGCAAGAUCGAGUGCCUCGUCACGGACAAGGACGCAUACCUGUACUACUUCCUCCUGCGCUACCCCGGACGCACGCUUGUCUUCCUGUCCGCAAUCGACGGUAUCCGGCGGCUGCUCCCCCUCAUGGACCUGCUCGGCGUGCAUGCCUUCCCGCUGCACUCGCAGCUCGAGCAACGCCAACGUCUUAAGAACUUGGACCGGUUCAAGUCUACCCCCGGCGCGGUGCUGCUCGCGACGGACAUCGCCGCGCGUGGGCUCGACGUUCCCGCAGUCGACCAUGUCGUGCAUUACCAAGUGCCGCGCACCGCGGACGCAUACGUGCACCGAAACGGUCGGACGGCCCGCGCAAUGCGCCGCGGGUUCAGUCUGUUGAUGUGUGUGCCGGACGAGCGCAAGGUCGUUCGUGCCCUCAUGCACAAUCUCAACAGACAGGAAGAUGAGGUCCCGGAGAUGCCGGUAGAACUACACAUGUUGGACAAGCUCAAGGCACGCAUCCAGCUUGCACGCUCGAUAGACAACGCACAACACAAGAUCAAGAAGGAGAACCACGAGCGCAACUGGCUCAAGGAGACGGCUGAGGCGAUGGAGCUCGUGCUCGAUUCAGAUCUCGAGAGCGACGACGGUGGGGCGGAGGCAGCACCGUCAAAGCAGAAGCGCAAGGCGCGAGCAGCGAAAACGGCGGGGUUGAAGGCGCAGCUAAAGGAGAUGCUCGCGCAACCGCUCGUCGCGCGGGGCGUGUCGACGCGGUAUAUCACCUCUGGGGUGCACUCGAUCGCGGACGACCUGCUUGCCGGGGAAUAUCACGAGAACAUGGUCGGCCUCAAAAAGGUGGAGGCGGGCACGGACCUCGUUCCUGCAAAAGCUCGGAAGCCGAAGGCGACACCGAAAGUUACUGCGCGGGUCAGUGCGAAGGAAGAAGAGGAGGAGUGGGGAGGAAUUACUGGCCAGUAG